GAUUCGAACCCGGCUCAGCUGAAAAGCCAGGUUCAUCGGGGCCGUUUGGGAAACCAGCAACAAGAGGCCGAUCGAUGGGCGACGGUUCACUAGCGGUGCGGACCAUGCGUCUCGUCUUCUCCACCAGCAUCACCAUACGUAGCUGCAGCCCCGCGAGCAAGUGCCGGAGACGGUAGCGAUGCGAUUUCCUCUUCCUCUUCAAGCCACCAACACCUGCAGCGCCAUGUCUUCCUCCUCCCGCUUUAAGAAGGUUCCGGGGCGCAACCAGUGGCAACGCGGUUAUUGUGACCCACCGCCUCCGACUCUUGAUGCAGCUGCUGCUGUGGCCGAGGAAGGUGCCGCUGGGUCCUCGUUCGCCACUGGGGAUUCUCCCGUCGGGACCGUGAGGGAAGCUAAUGAGCAUCUGCGGAGUUGGCGGAGCGGCGCUAGUGGCUCUUGGCGCCCUCGUGGUGCUCGGUCGCAAUCCCAUGGGCAGUGGCAGCCGCCGUCCUAUGGACAUCAUCAUCCAUUGCAUCGCCAUCCGGCGUUCCCUUCUGUGCCUUACUAUGGUCCUCCCCAUCCUUCUUGCAAUCCUUCGCAGAUAACAAGGACUCCUGCUCCAUUUUAUGGUCAUCCUCCGCCGUCUCACAAUCCUCUUUCCACCCCGUUUGGUCCUCAAUCGUCUUUCAACACUUCUCCUCUUGCCUAUCCUGCACAGGCAUACCAAGCAGCUCCGUCUUAUAGGCCGGUAGAUUAUAGGACAUGGAGUUUCUGCUCCUCACAACCACCUCCUGAAUGUGAACGGUUUGUAGUGCUCUCUUAUAAUAUCCUUGCGGAUUACCUUGCUAGAGAUCAUUGGUCCAAGCUUUAUUUUCAUAUACCACAAUACAUUUUGGAUUGGGAAUGGCGAAAGAGAAGAUUACUUAUAGAAUUUCGACUAUGGACCCCUGACAUAAUGUGUCUUCAGGAAGUUGACAGAUUUCAUGAUCUGGAAGAACAACUUUCAACUCAAGGCUAUACUGGUAUUUGGAAGAUGCGAACUGGAAAUGCAGUAGAUGGAUGUGCCAUAUUUUGGAGAACUAACAGGCAUGAUCACUUAUUUUUGUUGAAGUAUCAGGAGACAAUUGAGUUCAAUAAACUUGGGCUUAGAGAUAACGUUGCUCAAAUUUGUGUACUGGAAUCAAGGAUCAUAAACCAUGCUGAUAAUGAAACUGCAUCUUUUUCUGAAAGCUCAGAGCAAUCAAGUGGAGCUAAUCUAGUUGUGGUAUGUAAUAUCCAUGUUCUUUACAAUCCCAAGAGAGGAGAGAUCAAACUCGGUCAGGUAAGGACGCUUCUCCGUCGAGCUCAUGCCAUUUCUAAGAACUGGAAUGAUGCGCCUGUUGUUGUUUGUGGAGAUUUCAAUUCUACACCUGAGAGUCCACUUUAUAACUUUAUAGCGGAGCAAAAGCUAAAUCUUUCUGGACUAGCCAAGGAUCAGGGCUCCGCCCUUUAUGAGCUAGGUACUGAGGGUAAUAGCCAACCUCAAACUAAAGCAGAAAAUGGACUUACUGAAAGCCUGCCUCAAAAUGACACUAACCCACUAAAUGUAUCUCAGCUUUGCUCUGACAAUCAAAUGUUUUAUAGGACAAACAGAACACCUGAAGUAGCUGCAAACCAAAUAGGCCAAGGAGAAACCUUUUGCACUGACUCUUGUUCUAUUGAUUCUAGUAAUGUACAACUUGAUACUGAUAUUCACCGAUGCAUUGAGCAAUAUAGUCAAGGAUCUGCAUCAGAAGUUUCCAACAUUAAUCCAUCAGCUGCUGGUGUUCAGUCAGGUGGAAGGUCUUCAGAGUUCCCUCGUUCGGAACAAAUUCUGACCCAUCAUUCGGAUGGUGGCUCUGAAUUGUCAUCAUUUCAAAAUGAAGAGCCAUUCAAUUCGCGAAAGCAAAUAGCUGCUGCAGCUGGUACUUCCUUUCAUGAUGCCUUUGAUCAUAACAAAAUACGAGAGGAUUGUAACCACAGUGUAGCUGCAUGUAGUGACAUUAACAUCCAGAGACCUCAUUGUUCUAAAAAUGUACCCAAUGAUGAUGUUUCAGUGAAGGUAUCCUCACCAGAUGUGAUCAGUGCAUGUUGUCAACCUAAACAAUCACUGUCAGAAACGGUCAAUCUGUCAGGAGAUUUUGAUUCUAAAGUGAAUCUUGGUGGCAAUGAUUUAGAAAAUCACAACACUGUAGGUGAUUUAGAGGUUAAUUCUGACCCAAACUUUUUCAGAGAACUUUUGGGGACUGAUGAGGUAAGCCAUUUUGGUGAUGAUCCAGUGUCGGAUCCAUCAAGGAUUGAAGUUUGGAAAGAAUCUGCUGAUAAUUCAUGUUCAUCGGUUGAUGAUUCUGCUAAGUAUUCUUAUGAUCCAUAUUCAUGGACCCCUGUGGAAAUUGAGAUUGCAUCAGGAAGUACAGAUUGCACUUAUCUUGAGCACAAUUUGAAACUGAGGAGUGUGUACACUGAGGUAGAGGAUUAUGCAGGUACAAAGGGACCCUCCAGAGAACCCCAGGUAACCAGUUACAACAGGCAAUUUAUGGGCACAGUAGACUAUAUAUGGUCUUCUGAAGCACUUCAGACAGCCAAAGUGCUUGAUACACUCCCUAAACAUGUACUACGACAGACACAUGGUUUCCCGACCAAGAAAUGGGGAAGCGAUCAUGUUGCCUUGGCGUGCGAAUUAGCAUUUAAGCUUCCUCAACCAAAUAAGUUUGCAUUUUGAAAUAUUCAUUAUCUUAAAUUUAUGACGAGUCUCUGUAUUGAGUUUUCUUUUGAUAAUUCUUGGCGUUUAUUCCAUGACAAAUUUUUUCCUGGCUUGCAUUUAAUGCCAGCAUUGAUCGAUGUUUUUUCAGGUAGUAACAAAUGUUUUGAGUUAUUAUAUACAUACCAGUUUCAGUGGUGUAAAGAAUGUAAUUGCGUUCUUUUGAAUGGGCAGUUUAUUAUGGUUA